AUGUCGUGCUCUCCGAGACGCACGUACAGCUUCCUCCUGACGCAGUGGGCCGCCGUCAGCACCCAGCGGGAGGCCACCAGCGUCCCCCCACAGAACGCCUCGUGCAACACCAGACACGUCAGGAUAGUUACACCCGGGACAAAUGGAACUUUCCUAAGGAAAUUGUCCCUGGCUCAAAAAAAGAAGGCAGUAGAAGAUGUGGAGCUUCAGAAGAGAUCCAGAGAGGAGCAACAACAUACCAUUCAAGAAAUGCUGCAUUAUCUCACAUAUUACAAGAAGAAGAGAGAGAUUUUAACCGAACAUACUAAAGAGUUAUGUGGAAUUUUCCCUUUAUAUCUAAGCAAGGAUCCUAACAAGUACACUAUUGAAGAGAAGCACUUAUCACCCAAAAAUAAUAGUGGAAUCCUGGCUCUUUUGAAGCAAGGGCAAAAGUUGUGUACUGACAAGCUGAUUACUACUGGCCUCCAUUGUCUUGCCUGCACUUUGUUUCCCAUCAAUCAUAUCACUCAUUCUUACAGGUGUGAGACAGAGAGGGACAAGAUCAUCCAAGAGGAAUAACACCUGAAGGCAGCACCACACCAGAAGGCAGCACCACACCUGAAGGCAGCACCACACCUGAAGGCAGCACCACACCUGAAGGC